UUGUUGUUGUUGUUCCCUUUUUAUAGGGCUGUACCAGGACUUUUGGGUAGUAGAAUGCAUUUCAAGAAGAAAUUUUCUGAUCCAGUGGAGCGUGGCCAGAGGCACACUGCAACUAAAAGAGAGCUAGCAACAGGUCGUACGGCGAUGGUGAAGCUAGCAAGAAAAAUGUCUAGCUGGUUUCUGAGACGUACAAAAGUGCUUAUCAGUGAUCAGUUGCCAAAAAAAGAAGACAGAAUGGUGUACUGUUCCCUGACAGAAUUCCAGAAAGCAGUAUACGAGGCUGUGCUGAGGACAGAGGAUGUAAGCCUAGUAUUAAGAGCAGGAGAACCCUGCAGCUGCAAUAGCGGCCGUAUAAGGAAGAAAUGUUGUUACAAAAUGAAUUCUCAUGGUGAAACAAUUAAGUCACUGCAAUUCAGUUACUUGACAAUCCUACAGAAAGUUGCAAAUCAUGUUGCAUUGCUGCAGACAGACAACACUAGCAAGCAGCAGGAAACACAUAUCAAACGAGUUUGCAAUGAGGUGUUUUCCAGUUUUCCAGAUUUUAUGAAGUUAAGCAAAGAUGCAGCCUUUGAAACAAUUUCAGAUCCAAAGUACAGUGGAAAAAUGAGGGUCCUUCAGCAACUUCUAAACCACUUCAGAAAAAAAAAGGAUAAAGUUCUUCUCUUCUCCUUUUCCACAAAGUUGCUGGAUGUGCUGGAGCAGUACUGUAUGGCAUCUGGGCUAGAUUUCCGAAGACUUGAUGGAAAUACUAAAUCAGAAGAUAGGAUCAGAAUUGUAAGAGAGUUCAACAGAGUUCAAGAAAUUAACAUAUGUCUUGUAUCUACAAUGUAAGAAAACUUAACGUGUAAUCUUUGUGUUUCCCUCUGCCUUCCUGUUACUUAGAAAAUUGGGUGCUCUGCAUUUUACUUCAUGAUCUUGUGGGGGAUUACUUUUUUGAGAGGGUGAAUUGUUUUCUUGACUGCAGGCAAACAUGAACCCACUACUGUGAACUGAGGCAUUUCAAAUUUCUAGAGACUUCUCCCUUUCCAUCUCCUCUCCUGGUUAAGAUCUGAAACAAGCAUAUCGUCUGAAUCACAGUUCCAAAUUUCCAUUGCUGAGGGAUAUAGAAAACGCUCAAAUCAUGUUCCGCCAAACACUUACUUUAUUGUAGACAGUCUCACCUUAUUGUACAGUACUUGUAGAAUGAGCGAGUAUAAAUGUGCAGUGGCUUCAAAUUGAAAGCUAGCUAAACUCCGCUACACCACACUCUCACUCCUCCCCCUUCACAAGAGUGGGGAGAAGAUAACGCAGGCAAA